AUGGCCAAAUCACCCAUCCCUUCAAGAGACGCACACCCAACCCACACCAUCGUCGUCUCCGCAAUCCUCCAUCGUCGCCUCGGCCCAGACGAUCCGUUCUGGGAAAGCACCAUCGACCCCAACUCCUCCGCCAUCCCAGGUCCACCACCACUGCAGCCCAAACCUCUCCAAUGGCCACAGUACCUCGCUCGGAGGGGGCCCAUGUAUACUGGUGGGCCAAACCUCCCUACCGCUUUCGAAGAACCUGAUCUUGCGCAUAUCACUGCCAAUCGGCAAAUCAAAGACGCUCCUGGAGCUAAGGGUAUGGUGGAAAAUCGGUGGCGAUGGAAGGAAGAUGGCCCAUGCAUGUAUGGGAGGAGGAGAGCGGAUCUCGAUUGUCAGUCAGACUAG